AUUGGUUGCACCGUACCCAUCCAAAGAGUCUGUGUCUUCCUCUUACAAAAACGUGAGCAGAGUGAGAGCUCUUACUUUUCUGUGCUAUGUUUACUUCUUGACUCUCCACAGGAAUAUCCUCUGCAGGUUCGAAACAGGUUGAAGGUCUGCUGAUAACAAGCAGGAACUUUGCAUGUGUCAGUGGCAGGAAUGAGACCUCCUCACUGCUGAGUUCAACAUGAAAGAGUGGUGGAUCCAUGUGGGUCUAAUUUGCGUCCCGCUGGUGGCCGUCUACCUGCACAUUCCGGCCCCUCACCUCUCCGCCACCCUACAGAAGUGGCACAGCGCCGGGGAUUUCUUCCACUUCAGAGGGAAGAAGAUCUUCUAUAGAGACUCCUACGGUGCUUUGGGAAGCUCAGAUGUGGUCCUUCUGCUCCACGGCUUCCCCACCUCCAGCUAUGACUGGAACAAGAUCUGGGAUCCGCUCGCGCAGCGCUUCCAUCGAAUCAUUGCACUGGACUUUCUUGGAUUUGGUUUUAGUGACAAACCUAGACCCCACAGGUACUCAAUCUUUGAACAAGCCAGUAUAGUUGAGGCCCUGGUGGCCCACUUGGGUCUGAGCAAUCAACGACUCAAUUUGAUAUCCCAUGACUAUGGAGAUACUGUGGCCCUAGAGCUGCUAUACAGGAGUGACCAAAAUCGGACAGGGCAUCUGAACUACAACAGUCUUUGUCUAACAAAUGGAGGAAUAUUUCCAGAAACACACCACCCACGGUUGCUUCAGACGCUGUUGAAGGACUCAAGUAUUCUGGCAACAUUUCUGACACGCCUCACCAACUUUUUGAUCUUCCAAAAGGGCAUUGGAGAAGUAUUCGGUCCCUACACUCAGCCCACAGACGCAGAGUUCUGGGACAUGUGGACAAGUUUACGCUACAAUGACGGCAACCUGGUUUUGGACAGUAUUCUCCAGUACAUCAAUCAGAGAUUUCAACAUAGAGAUCGAUGGGUGGGAGCGCUCACAUCCACACAUGCUCCAUUGCACAUGAUCUACGGACCCCUGGACCCUGUCAACCCUCAUCCACAGUUCAUCCGUCUUUAUAUGCAUUUGGUGAAAAGGUCAACAGUCACCAUUCUGGACGACCACAUCAGUCAUUACCCACAGCUGGAGGAUCCCACUGGUUUCCUGAAGGCUUACUUCAAUUUCAUUCACUCUUUCUAACCAGAACACAAACACAUGCCUAUUGUGAGGUAUCAAAAUGUGAUGAAAAAUAACUUAAAUUAUUUCUAACUACCAAUUAAGAAUGUUGACUAACUUAUAAGAUGAAGUUAAGUCUGAGGAAAGAAA